AUGCCGCCACGUAGGGAACCCGAUCAUCAGGCUCCUACUCAGGCUAUGGUAGUUGCUCAGUUCCGCGACUAUCACGCCGAAAAGUUCUCAGGGCAGGGAGACCCCCGCAUCGUUGAUGAAUGGAUUCAGGGGUUGGAGUUUAUCUUUGAGGUUAUGGAAUGCCCCGAUAGGUAUCGCGUAGUUUGCACUCAGCUUCAGCUCACUGGUGAUGCAAGGCUCUGGUGGAACGCCUACUGGAGCAUGCGUCCCGGUGAAAAGGCGGGUUGUACAUGGGACAUGUUCAAGGAGCUAGUCCGCGACAAGUACUACCCUUCCUACUAUCGGGCAGAGAUGGAGCACCAGUUCUUAGCGCUUCAGCAGGGAACUCGUACUGUUGAUGAGUACGAGCGAGAGUUCACUAGACUUGCAGGUUUCGCACUGGAUCUUGUUCGCACGGAGGCCCAGAGAGCGCAGCGGUUCAUUGACGGACUUUACCCAGCAGUCCGUCAUAACAUCGUGGGACACGGGACUCAGACUUACUCUCGUGCCGUUUCUAUCGCCCAGGAGGUGGACGCUAGCAUUAGGAGGAAGGCCGUUCGUGAGCAGUUCCAGCCAUCUGCCCCAGCUCAGCCAUAUGCAGCUCCACCAGCUCUACCAGCCCCUCAGCCAGCAAAGGAGAAGAAGAGGAAGGGAAAGGGUGCACCGACUGACCGGAGGAUGCGACAGAGACAGCAGCCGAUUCCACCGUGCCCGACUUGUGGUCGACUUCAUCGUGGAGAGUGCCGUAUGCGACAGGACAUCUGCUACUAUUGCCAUGAGCCGGGUCAUUUUGUGAGUCGCUGUCCGAAGAGACUCCAGCAGCAGCCUCAGCAGCCACCACAGCAGCAGCCAC